AUGAGUGAAGGUAUUAAUAUCAAUGAUUUGAAUGCCUUAAUUCUUGACCAUAUAGAAAAUGGUACUCAGAACUCCAUAGAAAAGUGGAACUUUGAAGCAAAUCAUUGCGAAGAAGCAGAUUCUUUAAUUCAUUUUUCAGAUGUGAAUCCAAAAGUCUUCGAUAUGGCAACCUCUUAUCUUUACAAAAACAUGAUGACUAAUUUUUCUCAAUUUAAUCCAGAAGAAAAACAAAAUUACAUUCAAUCUUUGAUUUCUGUGAUGCAAGAGAAAAGAGAACUCAUUGCAAACCAAACAACAGCUAGUUUUGAACGCUAUUUUGCCUUGCUAUUCGUUUCAAUUUGGGGAAUGGAUGAAAAUAAUUAUCAUUUUCUCAGCGAAUUCAUUAAUACAAGCAUUAAUGACUUAAACUUAUUCAUUGUAUGCAUAAGAUUCAUUGAUUCAAUGUCAUAUAUUGCUGUCGAAAAGAAAUUAUCGAAUUUUCAGUUAGUUUGUUACCUUCCGUUCAUGUUAUUUACAUUAAAUAGACUCAAACAAAUAAUAUCCGAGACAAAUCCUAAUUAUUAUCUUUUAAUUUUACUUCUUAAAUUAUUUGUCACUUUAAGUACUUUCGAAUAUCAAAUUGAUGGCUUUAAGGUACAUUUUCCCCAUGUUUCAUACAUUUCCAACCAUUUUCAAGUCCAAACAAUUAUAAAUGCGGAAAGAACAGAUACAGUUGUUUUUGAAUGCGAAUGGCCACAGUCUAUUACUUCAGAAGAUGUUGCUACUCUUAUUUUUGAAUCAGUUUCAAAUUUACAGCCAAAUGAUUUAAAUCAAGGUUUUCUUGCUCUUAAAGCGCUUGCAACAGCCGGAACAUUUAACACCAUGACAGAUAAAGAUUCACUGGAUUGCAAACAGAUGUUUGUUGACAAAUUACUUUUAUUUAUGAAAAAUUUCGAAAUUUCACAAGUUUUUCAACCAUCAUUUUUCGAGUUAACAUCAUUAUUGUGGUUCACACAUCAAAGCAUCAUUGAGAAAUUCCCAAGAAUCAGCAAAUACGAGAAGUACAAAGAAGAUUUUGUUCAAAUUUUCGAAAACAUACAGAAAUAUGUGUUUACCACAGAUAAUUUCAUGGAUAACACAGGAUCAGCACAAAAUAUCAUCUGGUUUUGGUCAACAAAAGACAAGAAUUACAUUCAAAUUAAAAUUUCAAUUUUAUUUGCAUUUGUUGAUUUGAUUAUGGACGGAAUCAGCAAAGACAUUGAGUUCUUCAUCAGUUUCAAUGACACAGAGAGCAACUCAAUCUUCGAAUACGUCCGAAAUCUCCAUGAAGAUGAAAUCUGGAUAAUUUUUGAAGACCUUAAAAACAGAUUAUCUGCACUUUUAACGCAAUUUUAUACUUUAGUUGAUUCUCCUGAUGAUCAAAAUCAAAUUGAAGUAAUUGUUGCUUGUCUUUCAUUUUUAAUUAAUUUCUCAACAUAUAUGUCGAUUAAAAUGCCUACGAAUUAUCCUCCUGAAGCCAUGCAGAGCUUAGUUUCUUUGUAUAGAACAAUUAUUGAUGUAUAUCAAAAUAUUUUAUCAUUGGAUCCAAUUGAAAAUUGUUACAUCCAAAAAUCAUUGAUGAAUUUUUCAUCAACAAUCAAAUUGCUGCCGUUCGCUGAUAGUUCGACAUCUGCAUCACAGUUCUUUAAUCUAUUGGCUCAAGAUGAAGGUGCUUAUCCCAUUAGAAAUUCCAAUGAUUUGGUAUGUUUCAUAAUGAAACAUUUUAUUUUAAUUUUGUCAGAUGAAAAAUUUUUACAAAAUCCUGAAAUUUUGACAGGUGUAAGUCAAUGUUUGCAUAAGAUGUUGAUGGAUCAGAACUAUAGGAACAAGGCAAGAGAUACAGGUGUUGGUGAUUUGUUGUUAACUGCAAGAAAGCAUGAUCAAUUUAAAUUUGAUCUCGAAAAUCAAAAGGCAAGAAGAUUUUUGCAUGCUGCGAUUGCUGAUAUAUUAACUGAUAGCUCUGCACCUCUGAGUUUCGCUUUGGAGUUUUUGAUGAUGUAUAAUCAUGCUUUUGAAGCUGUAACAACAGUGAAAUCAACAAUAGAUGAGAUUAUUAUAGCUAUUAUUGAUUUUAGUGGCUACUUUUCUCAAGUUCAAACGACCAAACAAUUUAUGUUGUUUUUCGAUUACGUUUUCCCUGAAAGGAUCGAACAUUUGAACAAAUUAAUACCUCAAUUCACUGAUGUGAGACAGAUCUUGUGCUUAUUGAAAUUUUGGUCGAUCAUAUUUUCCAAGAAACAGCUUAUUGUGUUCAGAAAACACAGUCCCAAUGGAGUUUUGUUCUUCAAGAGUAGUGCUCGCAUGAUUAAAUCCAUUUUGGAGAAUCAUUCUGAUAAUAUUCUGAAAACAGAUUCACAACAAAUCAUUUGUAGGUAUAUAAUAUUGAUGAGUAGAAUAAUUGAAGGCUUGUUGGACAAUAAUUUCGUUCCUUAUUCUGUUUUCAAGAUAUUUAAUGACCCUGUUUUAGUCGAAUUGAUUUCUGACAGCGGAAAAAUCAUUACUCUGAUAGAAUUGGACCUUGCAAUGGAUGUUGAGAAGGUUGCAAACGCUCUUUUGAGUUUUGUUUUGGCAUUAUGCAAGAACCACAUAAAUAUUGCAAUUGAAAGCACUGAAGGACAAUGUGGCCCUAUUAUUUUGAGUUGUAUUGGCUCUUAUAUUUUGCAUGCAACAAAUAUUGUUCCUGCAACUACUGUUUUAUCGAAUCUUGUUAAUAAUAUCAAUGAUAUCUCAGUAUUAGAUAAGGACAGCUUUGAUAGAUUGUAUAGAAUUCUUUGGGGCAAUUUAUAUACAAAUAAUGCUACUGUUGGAGCCAUUUCUAACUGUAUUUAUGAUAUAUGGCAAGUAUAUCCAGAGUCACUAGACACAUUUUAUGAAACUGCUGUUAAUUUUGCUUCAAAUAGAGAUGAAUUCACAAGAUUUUAUCAGGAAUUUCGAGAAAGAAUAGAAGUCUGCGAAAAAACAACAUUUAACAGUGCAGUCAGCACUUUUGUUUCUUCAACAAAAGCAUUAAUUACUGCUCCUGAAGAAGCAUUCAAAUAA